UCUUUUCUUUUCUUUUCUUUUUUUAUCCCCUUUUCAUUUCUUCUUCUUUUUUCUUUUUUCUUUUCACUUCUUCUUCUUCUUCUUCUUUCUUUCUUUAUUCCCUGGUGUAUCCCUGUCGUGUAUAUUACUCCACUUGUCUUUUCCUAUACGCGUAACUAAAAGCUAUAUCUCUGACGUCCUAUCAUAAAAUGUGACCAAGUGUCCUAGUGUAUUACAUGUCAGGAAUAACUUGAAAACAAAACAAACAAGGAAAUAACAAAUAAACGAACGAACGAACAAACAAACAAUUAAACAAACAAAUGAACACGGGAUAAACAAGAAAAACAAGAUUUAAUUCUAAUUAACGACCUAUGAUAUAUAUUUAAUAUCGUGUCUCUCUCUCUCUCUCUCUCUCUCUCUCUUUCUAUAUAUAUAUAUAUAUACAUAUAUACAGUUUCAUGUGCUUAUUACUCACAAUAAACCUUGCCUUACGCCAUUUUAAAAAUUUUUUGUCGUCGAUCCUCAACCUUUGCCAAAACACUUUUCGCACAACUCAAGAGAGGGAUAGAGAGAGAUGGGGGGAGAGAAGGGGAAGAGAGGAAAAGAGAGACAAAUAGACAGACAGACAGAGAGAAAGAGAAAGAAAGAGAGAGCAAGGAGAGUGAAGAAGUUGAACAAUGUAUGGCAACGAUAGGAAUACCUUUAGCUCUCCACGUUAUCAAUUGUCAGAGUUCCUCGUUGAUUAAUUCAAAAGUUAGAGGAAAACUAUUCGGAGGUUUGACGUAUACUAGCAAUAGUAAUAGUAAUAGUAGUGGUAGUAGUAGUGAUAGUAGUAGUAAUAGUAGCAGUAGUAGUAGUAGUAAUAGUAGUGGUGGUGAUGGUAGUAGUUUCCUGGACGUUCGAUUUAUAAUCCAGAAUGAGAUUCAACGAGUGUACGUGACACCUUCGUUCGAAGAAAAACAGAACUUCGGCGUGGAGAGGGGUGCCGGUGGUGGUUUAACGGGAACCGGAGGUGGCGUGGGAGGAGGAUUAGGAGAGAGCAAACUCGGUGGGACGUACGGAGGAAGUGGUAGAGGCGGAGGAGGAGGAGGUGGAGGAGUUUAUGGUGGUGGAACGUGCUUGGGUCUUGGAAACCGUUACGGUAUAACAAGAGUUCCUGGUCAAUCAGUGAUACCAGGUCGUGGACCGAUUAGACGUAGCAGGGAAUUUGGCUACUUUCCGUCGAUGGGCGAUCACGAGCAUCAGAGUUUCGGGUAUCGAACUCAUCUCUUCCUAUCGCCGCCCACAGGUGGACCGCUCGGUGCACCACUCGAUCCCGAUGCCGGCGAACGACUGGGGCCGUCGCCCCGCCGUAACUCUGGGCCGCAUGUUAUCAAGUGGGGAGGUGGUGGGGCUAACUCCGGUACAGCGCAAGGCCCAGCCUCGGCCAAUCAGAUCAAAAGGAAGCAGAAUCAGCAAUCGAAGGAGCCGUCCGAGCCGCCAACGCCAACUGCCUCUAGACAGGUGUCCUUUAGCGGCAAUAGAUCUUCCGGUACCUAUACACCCCUCGUUGUAUCCGGUAAUAGUCCACCACGUGGUGAACCGAUCUCCCUGGCAACAUUGGAUCGAGACUGCUUCAUUAUACCACUUGCGUCAUUGGAAAGAUUUUUACCAGCUGGCGUACCGAGCGCACCAAUAGCGGACAAGAAAAGAUCGGGCAGCCCGCUGUCGAUUCUCGAGGUCGAGGAUCCAAAGCAAUGUGUUCUUGUCCAUUUCAUGACACCGUUGGAACCCUUGGAUCCAUUGGUAGAGUCUCCUGUUUCACGGCCUCUCGUAUUGCAACGCGAUACCGCCGCGGAACUCGUCGCUGAAAUAGCACCUUCCGCCUCCCAAAGUAUUUUACUCACAAACAUGGAAAAGAACGCGGAUUUCCCGUUCAUAACGUACUAUCUAAUAAAUAAGCAGAACACGGAUCCCCUCGAUUUUUACAACGAAGUUCAAUGUGCGGCCUUGAGGAAGUUCGAUCCGCGUGACCUCAGAUACGCGGCCAGCCAUACUUUGGAUCUGUUCAACGAAGUAGCGACGAUAGCAAGACCACCGUUGGAACCACCCGGUGGGAGACCACCUAUUCCGUCCACCGGCUACAUAGUCUCGAUCUUCAAAGUGUUCGAGGGUGACGACGGUCUCAAGUUUGAGCAAAAUUGGCUUUAUUGGAGUGGUGCCCGAAUGAUGUACCGAUAUCUACCAAAAUCGGUCGGCCUAAGGCGUAUAACCCUUCACAAGUCGAUGUCGCAGGGUGACAAGAUGUAUCUACUAAUCUGCGAAUGUUCGCAACUGCAAGACAAUCUAUCCGCAGCGGCGAUAUUGCUGCCGGCAUUGCGCGCCCGAUUAUGCGGAUACAUCGGCCUUUACAGGCCCUCCGUAUGCUUCUGAUUUCCUCAGAAAUGCUCGACGUUGUAUAUCGUACGCAGGGACGUAACUAGGUGAGAUUAAAAAAAAAAAAAGAAAGAAAAAAAAAAAAAAAGAACAUAAAAAGAACACAAAAAUCAAAAAUAAGAAAGGAAGAAAGAAAGAAAAUUAUCGAAGGUUUAUCGGGUUAUAGGCUCUGCGUAUAAAAUAAGAACGAUCGAAUAUUUCGAUAAACUUGAAUCUCUCUCUCUCUCUCUCUCUCUCUCUCUCUCUCUCUCUCUCUCUUUCUCUCUCUUUCUCUAUUUCUAUCUCUAUUUUUCUAUUUGUCUAUUUCUUUUUCUCUGAUAGAUCUUUAUCAAUUUUGUCUAAAAUAUUGCUAUGAUGUUAUCGAAGGUAUACGAAGCUAUCUCUCGGUAGUAUCUUUAUAUGCUAAAUAAAAACAUAUACAAGCGUUCAUCGUCGGUAUAUUUCACAAUUUUUCUAGGAUACCAAAAAUUCUUUUCUUUUUUUUUUUCUUUUUUUUUUUUUUUUUUUUUGCUAGAAACUUAUCCGAUUUUUCUAGGAUCGUUCGAGAGUAUGUAGAGAUGAGAUCCAUAGUUGAAGAUAUUUCUUAUAACAAAAAAUCGUCUUUGUCGUACCGUCGGGUAAAUCGAAUGAAAAAGAAACAGAAAGAGAGAGAGAGAGAGAGAGAGAGAGAGAGAGAGAGAGAGAGAGAGAGAGAGAGAAAAGAAUGUAACAUCGAAAAAGAUCUUUCGAUGCGCUAAAAAAAGAAAAAAAAAGGAGGAAGGAAAAAAAAAAGAAAAGGAAGAAAAAAGGCGUAGAAAAUCAAUACUUCGCAUGUAUUCGCUUCGGACGAAAUUUGAGGUAAAAAAAAAAAAAAAAAAAAAAAAAAAAAGAGAAAGAAAAACAGAAAUAGAAAAAAAAAAGAAAGAAAAAAAAAUCUCAAUCUCUAUCGUCUGCGCUCGCCUAGUUUUACGCCAACUGGCCAUUUGUAUUUUUCGAUUUUAUAACAUGAUCGUAGAGAGCAAUAUCAUUAAAUCAGCUGAUUCGCGUUCGUCUCGUCGAACUACAAGCUGAUUAUCUUGAACGCAUAUACGUAUAUAACAAUAUAUAUAUAUACGUAUAUAUAUAUAUAUAUAUAUAAUUGACAAUUAUACGGGGGAAAUAAAAAAAAAGAAAGAAAGGAAGAAAGGAAGGAAGGAAGGAAGGAAAGGAAAAUGGAGAAAAAUGAAAAAAAAAAAAAAAAAAGAAACACUUUUAUUACUACCGAUUUAACACGCUAAUAUUAACAUAUCAUACUCGAUAAACUGUGAUACUCGAACGGGCAACGGGAUAUAUCACAAUAAACGAUAGACGUAGAGAAUUUCUUCUUUUCGAAUUUAUCUUCGGAAAAAAAAAAGAAAGAAAGAAAGAAAGAAAAAAAGAAAGAAAGAAAGAAUGAAGAAAAAGAAAAAAGAAAUCGCGCUAAUAAAACAUGACACUAAUAGACGUGCGCAAUAGACAUCACGUAGGAAAGCUCGAACGAAAAUUUAGAUAUAAAUCGUGAGCAUUUUUAGAAGAACACCGAUAUUUAAUUAAUUAACAUUAAAUAUUCGGCUUUAUAUACAUUAUUAUCAUUAUGAUCGAGAUAAUAAAGUAUACUCGAGGAUCGCGAGGAAUUAUGAUCGACAAAAUGGCGCGCCACAACGCCAUUACACUAUUGACGGUCAUACAUCCAAGCGAAAUUUAAAUAAUUCCUUCCUCGUACUUCGAAUCAUAACACGCCUGUCUCUUAUCGCUCAACAAAAAUGAAAAUCAAUAAAUAUAUAAAUAAAUAAAUAAAUAAAUAAAUAAAUAAAUAAACGAGGUGGGAAGCUUUUAAAGAGAACAUUUUUUUAGGGGCGUACCUACUUACGUAGUCUUUUUAGACGAAAUAAAAGUAGUCGUAAGUCGGCAUUGUAGUACAAAAGAUUUUAAAAGAAAAGAAAAAAAAAAGGAAAAAAAAAAAUAACGUAUAGUCAAUAUACGCUUGUUGCAUACUGACAAUAGCUAGGACGAGUUGCGCAGGCGCGGUUCGUCAAACAUUAUCUUAGAUUUUUAUUAAGGCUCCGAUUUAAGGAUUAGAGUGGGGGAGGGGGAUGAUGAUGAUGAUGAAGAAGGGGGGAGGGGGGAAGAAAGAAAAAAAACAACCACGGAGAAAUAAAAAAAAAUAAAAAAAAGAAAGAAAAGAGUGCGGAGAAAAUAUGCGGAACAAGAACAAGCCCCUUAACUUUUAAGGUUAAAAUUUGACUUUACUGUGAUCAUAUGCGUCGUUUAGUCGUUCAUCGGCACGAUUAAUGCACUUCGAGAUCAAGAUAAUUCUCAUACUCGAUCCAUUCGUGUCGAUGAAAUAUCGACAGUAAGAGAAGAAAUUGGAGAAAUAACGUUGUAAUUCGGGUUUCCUCUCGGCUGCACGAUUUUGUUAAAAAAUAAAAAAAAAAAAAAAAAAAAAAAAAAAAAAACUAGAAUGGGAUAAAAAAGGAAACAUAAACAAAAAAAGAAAAAAAAAGAAAAAAGAAAGAAAGGAAGACGAAGGGGAGUCACUAAUUGCUUCGAAAACGGAGCAUCGCCACUUUUUCAGGGUUUCACAUGAGCGAUUUUACCGAUAAAUUACGAAACUUUUCUUAUAAUCUAUCUAUAUCUAUCAAUAAUCUCUUCUUUUGAUUGUCAUUCCUUUACCAAGAGAAAAAAAAAAGAACAAAAAAGAAAGAAAAAAAAAGGAAAAACCAGCCAACAUGGUAUGAUGCUUUAACGAGCAAAUAUGAAGAUCUUACGGCACGUCGUUACUUACAAGAUCAAUGACGAUAAAAUUUAUUAUAUAUCAUGUACAACGAAUACGAUGAGAAGAUAUUAUUAACAAUAAAUUAACUUCUAACAUUA